ACAGUUUGUUCCUGGGACAGCACAGCUGUUAGGGUAUUCUGGUCGUUAAACAUCACCUUAACUUUUACAGGUGUGCAUGUCAGUUAUUAUACAGGUACGACUGUCUUUCUAAUCCUUUUGCUAGUCAAAGUAAUACGUUAGCAUUGAAUCCAGCUCUAGCCGUCCUUGUUGCCUUUAAGGUAAUAUUAGCUUAACGUAUCACCAUGUGGGUUUUUGGUUACGGCUCCUUGAUAUGGAAAGUGGAUUUCCCUUAUGAGGACAGACGAAUUGGUUAUAUAAAAGGUUUCAGUCGUCGGUUUUGGCAGGGUAGCACCGACCACCGAGGAGUACCGGGUAAGCCCGGGCGGGUCGUCACUCUGGUGGAGGAUCCUGAGGGUUGUGUUUGGGGCGUUGCCUACAAGUUGCCGACAGGCCGGGAGCAGGAAGUCAAGAACUACCUCGACUACCGUGAAAAAGGCGGUUACCAGGUCAUCACGGUGACCUUCCACCCCCGUCCCCCGCUCACUCACUCACCCAGCCGGACGCUGCUCUACAUCGGUUCUGACGACAACCCUAACUACCUCGGCCCAGCGCCUCUCGAGGAGAUAGCUAACCAGAUCAUCCACUCUACGGGCCCAAGCGGGAAAAAUACGGAGUACUUGUUUCAGCUAGCCGAGGCUGUGAGGACUAUUCUGCCUGAGGACUCAGACAAGCAUCUGUUUUCUCUUGAAUCUUUAGUAAGAGAAAGGCUGCAAAAUGGGCAUACAGAUUAUGAUGAAAUAUAGAUUAAGCUCACUUAUUUAUUGAUCAUGUAGGAUUUGUCAAAUAAUCUCAGGGUGUAGAAUAAACUUCAGUAAGGUUAGUCAGGCCUUUCUGUCAGGUACAAAAAAUAUGUUGACCUUAUUAAAAUCACAAUGCAAAGAGAUGUUAUUGAUUUGUAGAAAAAUGCAAAAAUGCUAUGAAUAUGAAGAAUCACGAUAUAUAUUCUAAAUAAAGUACACUACG